AGCUGAAGAAGCCCCAACACCCAAAUCUACUAGCGGCAACGUUCUUCCGCCACUAAAGCCCGCCGGUCCGCCGCCGUCGCCCUGCUCCGGCGAGAGCAGCCAAUCUCAAAUUCUUCAGAAAAAAGAGGCAAUGGCGUCAAAAUACGACUUGACGCAGCGUAUAGGCCCGCAGCUGGAUCGUCAUCUAGUGUUCCCACUUCUCGAAUUUUUGCAGGAGAGAGGAAUGUACCCCGAGGAGGAUAUUUUGAAGGCGAAAAUUGACUUGCUUAACCAUACAAACAUGGUCGAUUAUGCAAUGGACAUUCACAAAUCACUCUACCGAUCCGACGACGUUCCGCAAGAAAUGGUGGAGCGGAGAUCCGAGGUGGUAGGUAGGCUUAAGGCAUUGGAAGAAGGAGCAGCUCCUUUGGUUACCUUUCUGCAGGAUUCUAGUGCAGUUCAGGAAUUGAGGGCUGACAAACAGUAUAAUCUUCAGAUGCUCAAUGAUCGCUAUCAGAUUGGUUCAGAACAGAUAGAAGCAUUGUACCAAUAUGCCAAAUUCCAGUUUGAAUGUGGAAACUACUCGGGUGCUGCUGAUUAUUUGUAUCAGUACAGAGCUUUGUCCACCAACAGUGAAAGAAGUUUGAGUGCAUUAUGGGGAAAACUAGCAGCAGAGAUAUUGAUGCAAAAUUGGGACAUUGCGUUAGAGGAGCUUAACCGCUUGAAGGAAAUUAUUGACUCAAAGAGUUUCUCUUCUCCUAUGAAUCAAGUCCAAAGUAGAAUAUGGCUGAUGCAUUGGAGUUUGUUCAUCUUCUUCAAUCACGACAAUGGAAGAAAUCAGAUCAUUGACUUAUUUAACCAGGAAAAGUAUCUGAAUGCCAUUCAAACAAAUGCUCCCCAUCUUUUACGUUAUCUGGCUACUGCAUUCAUCGUCAACAAAAGGAGGCGGCCUCAGUUUAAGGAAUUUAUGAAGGUGAUUCAGCAAGAGCAGUACUCUUGCAAAGAUCCCAUUACUGAGUUUUUGGCAUGUGUAUAUGUCAACUAUGACUUCGAUGGGGCUCAUGAAAAGAUGAAAGAGUGCGAAGAAGUAAUCUUGAAUGACCCAUUUCUUGGAAAGAGAGUAGAAGAAGGAAAUUUUUCCGGCGUACCAUUAAGAGACGAGUUCCUUGAAAAUGCUCGCCUUUUCAUCUUUGAGACCUACUGCCGUAUUCAUCAGCGCAUUGACAUGAGUGUGCUUGCUGAGAAACUUAAUCUGGAAUAUGAGGAGGCAGAAAGAUGGAUAGUGAAUCUUAUAAGGACCUCAAAGCUUGAAGCUAAGCUUGACACGAAAACGGGAACGAUUAUGAUGGAACCUAAUCACACCAAUGUGUACGAACAGCUUAUCGACCACACUAAAGCACUUUCUGGCCGCACUUAUAAAUUAGUCAGCCAGCUCAUGGAACAUGCUCAGGUGCAGGCUACACGAUAGAGUUUGUACUCUUGGUGCUUGGUUGAUAACUUGAUUAAUGAUAAAUUAGUUUUGUUCUUGCAAAUUUUGGAUUAAGAGCAGUUGCAAGUAAUGUUUCGAAUGAAUUAUUUAUUUUAUUUAUUAUUAUUUAAAUAAUUGCCGAGAGAUGUAAUUUUUUCUUUGAUCGUGUGGUGGAAUAUAAAUUUCGAAAA